AUGGGCGGAAAGAGGGGUACACGGCGACGAGGCAUGUCGUCAUCGCAUGAUCGAGGGGCCAUCCAGGGUGGCUGUGCGAACAGAGGCGGAAACACCAUGAAAGUCGCUUCUGUAGUGUCGCAGGCCAGAGCGGGCCAGAAGGAGCUAAGCUUCAACGCCAAGACACGCCAGGAAGUUGAUUAG